GAGGAACCGCGCCGACCAAACUCUCCAAUCAUUGAAACCUUCUUCCUCUACUUCUACCAAAAAAACAAAAAAGAAACCUUCUUUCUCUACACACAGCCACCUCUCCUGCUCCCCCGGGUCCAUUUAGAUUUAUCUGACAUUUUCUAACAGGUCAAACCGAAACCAUUUGGCCUUUUUCCCUUUCAUAAGACAAGUCCGAACGAACAGUUGGGGUGAGGGGAAAGCGUGUGUGAGACGGUCAAAGAUGGAGAUGGAGGGAGAAGCAGAAAGCCUCAGUCUAUUCGAGCGGGUGCGCGUCAAUGGGAUUUUGACGCCGGCGACGCUCUCUAGCGACGGAAAGCUUCGGUGGACGGAGAACAGAAAACGCUGCUUGAACCUUGAUAAGGAGCUUCUGGGCUUCACCGUCGAAGGUUCUAAGAUCACGAUUCGGGCUUUCGUCGAGAAUUGGAUUGUGCUUCACUGCGUUGUGUGUGAUGAGGCUAAAGGUCAAGGGAGGAGGGAUAUCGUGUUGGAGCCUUUGACGGAGGAGUCGCAUCAGCUUUGGUGCCAGAAGCUUCAGGAAUACAUCGACUCUCUCGAUCGACCAAAAAGGUUGUUCAUCAUCGUGAACCCUUUUGGUGGGAAGAGAUCUGCCACGAAACUUUUCCACGAUGAAGUUAAACCCCUUCUAGUUGCUGCUAAUAUUGAAUAUUCAUUACAAGAAACUCAAUAUCAGCUUCAUGCAAAAGAAAUGGCUCAAACAUUGGAUCUCUCUAAAUAUGAUGGGAUUGUAUGCGUCAGUGGAGAUGGUAUCUUAGUUGAGGUAGUAAAUGGGUUGCUUCAACGAGAAGAUUGGGAAGUUGCAAGAAAAAUGCCCCUUGGGAUGAUUCCAGCUGGUACAGGAAAUGGUAUGAUAAAAUCGGUUCUGGAUUCAGUUGGUGAUCCCUGUUCAGUGACUAAUGCUGUUCUUACAGUUAUUCGAGGUCACAGGGUAUCACUUGAUGUUGCUACAAUCUUGCAAGGGGAGACCAAAUUUUUUAGCGUUCUUAUGCUUGCAUGGGGUCUGGUGGCAGAUAUUGAUAUAGAGUCUGAGCAAUACAGAUGGAUGGGGAGUACUCGUCUAGACUUCUAUGCGCUUCUGCGAAUAAUGCGCUUGCGGAAAUAUAGUGGACGUAUUUCCUUUGUGCCAGCACCUGGGUUUGAAGCUCAUGGUAUGCCAUGCAAUGUAAGUGGACAUGGCAAACUUGAUUUGCGCAAUCAGAGCCUAGAGGAGGUGAAGGUUCAGCAGCAAAGUUAUCAGGGACCUAUGGUUUCUUUGGAUGAUUUGGAGUGGAGGGCUAUCGAUGGACCAUUUGUUGGAAUUUGGCUUCAUAAUGUACCUUGGGGCAGUGAAGAUGCAAUGGCAGCACCUAAUGCCAAGUUCGCAGAUGGUUUCUUGGACUUGGUUGUUAUCAAGGAUUGCCCAAACCUGUCCUUGCUUGCGUUGAUGUCAAAACUGAAUGAUGGAAGCCAUGUCAAAUCGCCAUAUGUCUUGUAUUUGAAGGUGAAAGCAUUAUUACUAGAGCCAGGCCAGCGAGUAAAUGAGCCAACCAAAGGGGGGAUCAUUGAUUCAGAUGGGGAAGUCCUGGCAAGAGGUGAAGGAACAUACAAAUAUGAGCAGGGUGGCUUGAUGGCCUAUGCUCCAAUGCAAAUCACCGUUGAUCAAGGUUUAGCAACUUUGUUUUUUCCUAGAUGAUACUAGAUGUUGGUUUGUUAUUUUUUUUUCAUUUACUUUAGAUACGGUUUUGUCGAGCAUUUUGUUUUGUAUAGAUACAUUAAAGUAAUAAAUAAUACGAGAGAAUAGAGGUUUAUGUUUUUGAAA